UCGUCAAACAGCAGGAGGUACACGUAUCCGCGAUCACCACUCGUGAACGCGCGUGGUCGUGGCUGCUGUUGCUAUGAUGCAAUGGCGACUGCGCCGUGUGGAGUGAGCGAGAGCGAGGAGUUGAAUGAGUUUUUCUGCACAGUUGGAAGGAAGCAGUGACGGGCGGCGUACAGGGACACACGCACAUAAACCGAGACACACACAGACAGGCGGACACCAGGCAAGAAGACCGGGAGAGGACUGUGUUCCGCCACGACACAUGGAGACACCCAGCCAGGUGUGUGCGUUAUCCCCGCAUCGAGCCGUGUCAUGACGCUUUCACUGCCCGCUCACACAUCUGUGCGACGUCGCAGUCAGACAGGAGAAGCACCAACACCCUUUUCGCCCUCCUCAGCCCAAACCGAGUGAAGAGGAGGGAGGUGUUGUUUGGCAUUGUCUCCUCUCCAGUGCCCUUGCUCCUCGGUGGACCUAUCUGAGCUUCAUACUGGAUCACCAUGGCAGAGAGGACCGUGCUUACCAUGAUGAUGGAGCCCACCCCGGCUGUCGCUAUGACCCUGCCGGCGGAGGUGCGGGAGAAGCUGGCGGAGCUGGAGCUGGAACUAUCUGAAGGGGACAUCACUCAGAAGGGCUAUGAGAAGAAAAGAAGCAAGCUGCUGGCACCAUACAUCCCACAGAUACAAGGUGUAGACCCGUCACUUCAAAUCGAUAACAGAAUCCCAGCGUCCUCUCAAGCUCUUCUUCCAACUUCUAAACACAACAAGUCCCGGGCUGCCAACACCCGGGAUGAACGCUUCAGAUCUGAUCUGCAUACAGAAGCCGUCCAAGCAGCUUUGGCCAAGUACAAAGAGAGGAAGAUGCCCAUGCCGUCGAAGAGACGAUCUGUGCUAGUUCAGUCAUCUAUUGAGGCAUGCACCCCACCAGACACCUCGUCAGCGUCAGAAGAUGAGGGUUCACUGCGUCGCCAGGGUCGUUUGGCCACCACCACGCCCUACCAGGGGCACAGCCACCCUGCCGUAGAGCACUGGUUCAACCGCGUUAUCCAAGGUUCUUCCACCUCGUCCUCUGCAUCUUCCACCUCGUCCCACCCUGGAGGGAGGUCUGUCACCAACAGCACUGCCCACGCAGCCCUCAAUGCCAAUGCUACAGCUACGGCACUGGCAGAUCUCAUGGCACACACGCAGCUAGAUAACCACUCAGCACCCCCUGAUGUCACAGGGCUGUCGGAGCGCUCCUCGCUCCAUUUGGAGCAGCCCCAGGUGGCCUCAGUACGGAGCAUUUCCCGUGGCUACAAUCACCACACCAGCGUCAUGGAGACUGCAGAUGGUGUUCCAGUCAACAGCCGCGUCUCCUCUAAAAUCCAGCAGCUGCUCAAUACUCUGAAAAGACCAAAGCGACCGCCACUGCGAGAGUUCUUUGUGGACGACUUUGAGGAGCUUUUGGACGUCCAGCAGCCGGAUCCUAACCAGCCAAAACCAGUGGGCCAAGAGAUGACUCCUCUAGAAGGAGAGCCUCUUGGCGUGGUCACCAACUGGCCUCCGUCCUUGCCAGCUGCCUUACAACGGUGGGGUAUGACUCAGCCCAAAAGCCCCUGUCUGACAGCGCUGGACAACGCCGGCAAAGCCAUCUACACACUCACCUACGGUAAACUGUGGACCCGCAGUCAGAAACUGGCCUACACGCUUCUGAACAAGCUGAGCACCAGAACCGAGCCUUUGCUUGUGCCCGGAGACAGAGUGGCACUGGUUUUUCCGAACAACGAUCCAGUGAUGUUCAUGGUGGCCUUCUACGGCUGUCUGCUGGCAGAGCUAGUACCUGUGCCUAUAGAAGUUCCACUCACCAGAAAGGACGCAGGGAGUCAACAGAUUGGCUUUCUGUUGGGCAGCUGCGGAGUCACGUUGGCACUGACCACUGAUGCCUGUCAGAAGGGCCUGCCCAAAGCACAAACAGGGGAGGUAGCCACUUUCAAAGGUUGGCCUCGGUUACUGUGGUUUGUGACAGAUGGAAAACAUGUUGUGAAGCCUCCAAAGGACUGGCAUCCUCCAAUGCGUGAAGCCAGUAAUGAAAUAGCCUACAUAGAGUAUAAAACCAGUAAAGAAGGAAGCACCAUGGGGAUCACAGUGUCUCAUUCAGCCAUGUUGGCUCACUGUCACACCCUCACACAGGCCUGCGGCUACAGUGAAGGUGAGAUUAUAACAAAUGUGUUGGACUUCAAGAGAGAAGCUGGGCUGUGGCAUGGAGUUCUCGCUAGCGUCAUGAAUCGCAUGCAUGUGAUCAGCAUCCCAUACUCCCUGAUGAAAGUCAACCCACUCUCCUGGAUACAGAAGGUUCACACAUACAAAGCGAGGGUAGCCGUAGUGAAGUCCAGGGACAUGCACUGGUCUCUGUUAGCCCAGAGAGACCAGAAAGACAUUAGCCUGAGCUCUGUCCGCAUGCUGAUUGUAGCCGACGGCGCCAACCCAUGGUCGAUAUCCUCCUGUGAUGCCUUCCUCAACGUGUUCCAGGCACGUGGGCUGAGACCUGAGGUGAUCUGUCCAUGUGCCAGUUCCUCUGAAGCGCUAACUGUCGCCAUCCGCAGACCUCCAGAUGUUGGUGUUCCACCUCCGGGGAAGGCAGUUCUGUCAAUGGGUGGGCUGAGCCACAGUGUGAUCCGUGUGGACACAGAGGAGAAACUCUCUGUCCUCACAGUGCAGGAUGUAGGACAGGUCAUGCCCGGAGCUCUUGUGUGUGUGGUGCGGGUGGAGGGGACCCCGUAUCUUUGUCAGACAGACGAGGUUGGAGAAAUCUGCAUCAGCUCAGGUGCUACUGGUGUGGCUUACUAUGGCCUCCCAGGCAUGACCAAGAACAUCUUUGAGACCAUCCCAGUGACAUCAUCAGGGGUUCCAGUCAGUGACAGACCCUUCACCAGGACAUCACUACUGGGCUUUGUAGGACCAGACAGCCUUGUAUUUAUUGUGGGGAAAAUGGACGGACUGAUGGUGGUCAGUGGGCGGAGACACAACGCUGACGAUGUCGUUGCAACAGCUCUUGCAGUUGAACCCAUGAAGUUUGUGUACAGAGGAAGGAUAGCAGUGUUUUCUGUCUCUGUGCUCCAUGAUGAGAGGAUUGUUGUUGUGGCAGAGCAGAGACCUGAUGCCUCUGAGGAAGACAGUUUUCAGUGGAUGAGCCGUGUACUGCAGGCGAUAGACAGCAUCCACCAGGUGGGAGUCUACUGUCUGGCUCUGGUACCUGCCAACACGCUUCCAAAAGCUCCACUAGGUGGCAUCCAUAUUUCUGAGACCAAACAGCGUUUCCUGGAGGGAGCCUUACAUCCCUGUAAUGUCCUGAUGUGUCCUCACACCUGUGUGACCAACCUUCCAAAGCCCAGACAAAAACAGCCCGAGGUUGGCCCUGCCUCGAUGAUUGUGGGAAACCUGGUGGCAGGCAAGAGAAUAGCGCAGGCCAGUGGGCGAGACGUGGCACAGCUCGAGGACAAUGACCAGGCACGUAAGGUAGAUGUUUCAUCCUCAUCUCAUCCACUCAUCGCCACCACACAAACACUGCAGGCUCAGUUCCUGUACAUACAGGAUGUUCUUCAGUGGAGGGCUCAGGCUACACCAGACCAUCCUCUCUUCCUUGUUCUCAAUGCUAAGGGAACAGUGGCCAGUACAGCGUCCUGUCUGCAGCUGCACAAACGGGCGGAGCGUGUGGCCGUCGCUCUGAUGGGACGCCUCAACACUGGAGACCAUGUUGCACUUGUCUACCCACCAGGAAUUGACCUUAUUGCCACCUUCUAUGGCUGCCUGUAUGCUGGCUGUGUGCCGGUCACCGUCAGACCUCCACACCCGCAGAAUCUGGCCACCACCUUACCCACUGUCAAGAUGAUUGUUGAGGUCAGUAAGUCCGUGUGUAUCCUGACCACACAAGCAAUAAUGAAGCUGCUGAAAUCCAAAGAGGCUGCUGCCGCUGUGGACAUCAAGAGCUGGCCCAUGGUGCUGGACACAGAUGACCUUCCCAGGAAGAAAAGUCCUCAGAUGUACAAACCUCCAACCCCAGAAAUGUUGGCUUACUUGGACUUCAGUGUGUCAACAACAGGAAUACUAGCUGGGGUCAAAAUGUCUCACGCUGCCACCAGUGCCUUGUGUCGCUCCAUCAAGCUGCAGUGUGAGCUCUACCCUUCGCGGCAGAUCGCCAUCUGUCUCGACCCUUACUGUGGCCUUGGCUUUGCUCUGUGGUGCCUCUGCAGCGUGUACUCCGGCCACCAAUCUAUUCUGGUUCCCCCUCUGGAACUGGAGAGCAAUGCAUCUCUGUGGCUCGCUGCAGUGAGUCAGUAUAAAGUGCGAGUCACCUUCUGCUCCUAUUCUGUCAUGGAGAUGUGCACCAAAGGCCUGGGAGCACAGACAGAAGCACUGCGGUUGCGCAAUGUGAACCUGUCCUGUGUGCGUACGUGUAUGGUGGUAGCAGAGGAGCGCCCUCGCAUCGCACUGACUCAAACCUUCUCAAAGAUCUUCAAAGACCUGGGACUUUCACCUCGCGCCGUCAGCACCACCUUUGGGUGUAGAGUGAAUGUAGCCAUCUGUCUGCAGCCCAACAGGUUAGGGAAGCUGGCUGAGCAGGGCACAGCUGGACCAGACCCCACCACAGUUUACGUGGACAUGAGAGCACUCCGACAUGAUAGGGUCCGCCUGGUGGAGAGAGGGUCACCACACAGCCUGCCAUUGAUGGAGUCUGGGAAGAUCCUUCCUGGAGUGAAAGUGAUCAUUGCUAACACAGAAACCAAAGGACCUUUGGGAGACUCGCAUCUAGGAGAGAUCUGGGUGAGCAGUCCCCACAAUGCCACAGGCUAUUACACUGUCUACGGAGAGGAGGCGCUGCACGCCGACCACUUUAGCACCAAGCUUAGCUUCGGUGACACUCACACAGUAUGGGCAAGAACGGGCUACCUGGGCUUCCUGCGGCGCACAGACCUGACUGAUGCCAGUGGAGAGCGCCAUGACGCCCUCUACGUGGUUGGCUCUCUGGAUGAAACUCUGGAGCUCAGAGGAAUGAGGUAUCACCCAAUCGACAUUGAGACGUCCGUCAUCCGCUCUCAUAAGAGCAUAGCUGAAUGCGCGGUGUUCACUUGGACUAACCUGUUGGUGGUGGUCGUGGAGUUGGAGGGAUCUGAGCAGGAGGCUCUGGACCUGGUGGCCCUGGUCACUAACGUUGUCCUGGAGGAGCACUACCUCAUCGUGGGGGUGGUGGUGGUGGUGGACCCCGGCGUCAUUCCCAUAAACUCCAGGGGGGAGAAACAACGCAUGCACCUCAGAGACGGAUUUCUGGCUGACCAGCUGGACCCCAUAUAUGUGGCUUACAACAUGUAAGAGUCCGGCUGUGGAAGAAUCGUCGCCCCUUAUGGGUUGUUCCACUCCAGGAGAAGAGCAGGAGGAAGAUGCACUGAGCUUGGUUUAUCUCAUUGACAGCACACUGCCCUCCUCUGUUCGCACACAGAGAGGAAAUAAACACGUCACAGAAACAGGAAGGACGGAGAGGAAAUGCAGGAACUAACAAAAACCACAUUUUUUUCCUUCAAAAAAUGACCAAUGUUUUACAUUUGUUUUUGUCUGACAGAAAUACAACAGGUUGCCAUUAACUUAAUUUAAUUAUGUUUUUAAUGCUAAGUGUCAGUGUCUUUUUCCUUUUGUUUUUGCCAUAAACCAAAACUGACUUCAGUGUGAAAUCCCCGUUUCUACCAAGCCCUGAAAUGUUUCACCCGCAGCGUAAGAGCAGGGGUGACUAGCAGCUGUUAUGUAUUUGUGCUGAAUCUUACAGCAGUCAGAGGGCAUUACUGAACGGAACUUAAUCUCAAUCAAGAGAGUUGCAUUUUAAUUGAGCCCAAACAUGCAGCAAAACUGAAAAUGAUAUUAGCAUUUCAUCUCACCAACAGGAAGUCAGCUUUUUUUUAAACUUGAUUAAAAAUAAUGUCACAGAUUUUUUUUUUUCUUUUUCCUUUGCACAAUAUGGUAAUUGGGAUGAAAACUAUUAUUUAUUUGUUGCAUAUAAUUUUUCUUUGCUCGUCAAAGCAUGAAAGGCAGAACAAUCAAAUGCUCUUCUGCUAGGUGGCAGCAGAUGGCUAUGAAAAAAAAGAUAAUCAAAGCUGUUGAAGAUCUUUGUAGGUGUCUUUCUUCAAUUCCUGCCAGUAUAUCAGCCUUCAACUAAACAGGCUGAGAUUUUAGUCAAUAACGAGGUCAUUUAAACAAGAACAUUUCUAUAUUUCAUCACAUACUUUUGUGAGAUUUUUGUUUGGUGGUGCACUGUGGGGGUUUUCCUAAUGACAUAUAUGUGCCAUGGCUCAAAAAAGGUUGGGAAACACUGCAAUAGUCAACCAUAAAAGUGGCCAAGCCAGGUUACUGAUAGACAUGUCCACCAGGAGUAUUCUAGAACAACACAAAUUUAGCUUUUCUUAAAUCUUUUUUUUUUCUUUCCCCAUUGUCAGUUGAAAAUGUUGGCCCAUUGUGUUAAAAUCUCCAUUUUAGAGACUCAUGACACUGACUAGAGUUUUAACCAGUGUUUGCAGUUCUGGUUUUACACUGAUUUUUCUGUUUCAGAUAAGUGUAGAUCUUGUUAUGCCUGGGGAUACAUGAUAUGGAUUUUUUUCUUCUUUUUAAUCAGCACUGAUAACUGAAAAUAACCUGUUCUAAAUGACCAAUACUGCAAUGAUAACCUAUAAUUUUAUAUUCUCCCUUGAAGAAAUAAUGACUUUUUAUGGCAUUUUGGUGAGAAUUGGAUACAACAACAUUUAUCACUGAUUUGUUGCUUGUUAUGUCUCUGGUGAAUUUCUUGCGGUUUUCGAACGCAUGUUAAAUAGAAACUGUUCAUCGGUCUGUUUGUUGUGCUUUACUCUCCGCGCUGGCUGCUGCUAUUGCGGCUCCAUACUGAGUACAGCUUCCUAACGACAGCGAUCAUUUAAAUGACUUCUUUAAUUUGUCGUGUCGAAACUGGUAGACUUUUACCCUCUGUGAAUUUAGGCUGAGCACGAACACAGAUUGAACCUUUUUUUUUUGUCUUACAACAUAGUUUAAAAAAAACAUCCAUAGCUAACGCUGCGUUAGCUCCGUUUAGCUGUUUUUAGCAUAUGAGCUAACGUCUCUGCCAAAGUGCAGGAGUGUGACGUCAGGGAUUUGGAAUUCCACGUUCCUGGUGUUACACUCCUGCUUCAGCUCCGUCAAUAAUUGGAUGCGUGUAUUCACCGUGCUCCCUUUAUCGGUCAAAUUAAAUCACCUUAAAUAUCAUCAUCUUCGAUCAUUUAUCGGCUACCAAUAAUAUCGUGCAUCGCUAGUUGCAGAAGCACUGAAACGCAGCAGAGGCGGCGUGAAUAGUAGUAUCAUUUGUUGCGAACAACUUUGCUACCAUGAACACCUUUUUAACCAUUUAUUUCUUCUUUUCUUUCUUUUUUAAUUUGAACAAUAUGCAAUAUGUGUGACGAGAGUCGUUUUCUGGCUGCAGAAAGUAAGCACCAGUUUUUAGAAUCCUUGUAAAUUAAAAGGAAAAUAAUUGUUGCGUACUUUUUCAGCAGCGUGCCAAAUGUUAAGCCUUAGGCGUUUUGUUUCAGAGGCCUCUUCCUGCUCCGCUCCUGUCAAACUCGGUUUUGUGAAGUUUCUCGGCAGAUGCAGGUGAGUUUGGGUCCUAUCAGUUGCACCUUAACUUUGUCAACUUUCCAGCAAAGAUUAAUUUACUCGAUGCUAAUGUCAGCCAUUACAAACAAACACACACUCACAUAAAAGUGUUUUUUCAAUAAUGUCUUUUCAUCAGUGGUGAUAAAUGUGUUUUAUAGCGAAAGACUGGUAAAAGUUGUAGUUGGUCAUGGGUUUGAUGCAGAAUAUCGGUGUCAUUUCAAGAUGGAGUAGAGGCCAUGCGAGCCGCUUCAGUUUGUCUUCACUUUGUGAAGAUUUGCUUCAGAGUAUUUUUCCCCCUGGUUUUCUUUCUUUCACAAACAGGCUGCGGCCUGCUGUAAGUAUGUACAGGAUUUGUGUAAAUUAUUAAACGGUGGAGGAGUUGACAGGACAUUUGAUGCAAAGACUUUAUGUGGCGCUGACAAGAUCUCCCUGCUUCAAAACUCUUUGAAUUGGAUUCGCAUGUUUGGACAGCAGGGAAGAGACAUUGUGCCACUGCGGAGUCCAUUCUCAAGAGGCAACAAAGCACACAUGAAGCGGGAGACACAGUGACUGCAGACGUCACAACCUUCUCAGCAAACAUGUUUUGUUAACAUGAGAAAAAGAUACAUUUGUCAGAUAUACUGUUAGUUGUCAUUAUUUUCAUAACAUGACUUCUUAAUAAAUGAAUAAAAAAGCUUUUACCUUAACGA